AUGAAACCAAUCUCGAGGAUAUCCACAUCUACUCUUUUUACCCCCAGGUCCCCUUUACGCCUCCCGUGGGUUGAUAGUCACACUCGCCAUGUCCACUCAUCGAUAGCAAAAGGCGCUGUCGCCCAUCCCAUAAGCGUCCGUGGCCCGCCACCAAAGCCGCCCGUUCCGUCUUCCGAAUUCCUCGAGCGCAUUGAGCGGAGAAAGAAACAGUCGGAGCUUAUGCAACAGGAGAACGUUUCGGAAGUACAACAGGGGACGAAGACAACGAUAAGUCUGCUGAAAAGGCGUUUCUGGAAGGAUGUCCAUGUAAAAGAAGUGGCCGACGGGCAUCAAGUCCUCCUUGACUCGUUCCCUGUGCGAACCCCAGAAAAGAAAAUCAUCACUAUCCCGCCCUCAAAACCACAUCUUGCCCAUGCCAUCGCGCUCGAAUGGGACCUCCUCGUCUCCUCCCACCAGGCUCUAAAACAUCACUUAAUCCCACUGACCGCUCUAACAGCCCGUGCGCAAGAUGUCGCCUUGCAGGAUGCUGCCGGCCAAGAUACCAUCCGCAACGAAAUCUUGAAAACCACAAUGCGAUAUUUGGACACGGACACAUUGCUAACCUGGGCGCCGGAGAAGAAUAUACAUGAUCCUGAUACCCACGGCGAGGAGGUAGCAGAAUCGAGACAGGGGGUGAGAGAAGGGGAGGCGCAGGAGUCGCUACGUGACAUCCAAAUCAAAACAGCUAUGCCGAUCAUCAACUUCUUAACAGAGAAAGUGUGGCCAGGCAUUGAGAUUAAGCCUGCAUUGGAGGCCGAUAGUAUCAUACCUACCUCACAGACGCAGAUAACCAAGGACGUUAUACGCGGGUGGAUCUACGGCUUGCCGGCGUAUGAGCUAGCGGGGCUGGAGCGGGCUGUUCUAGCUAGCAAGAGUUUACUUGUGGCAGCGCGGUUCAUUGUUGAGUGGAGUGAAGAGUUUCGCAAUCUGCAGCCGGAAGGGCGGAGGGAGUUUGGCAUUGAGAAGGCGGCAGAGGCGUCGACGCUGGAGGUUACGUGGCAGACGGGAAAGUGGGGGGAGGUGGAAGACACUCACGAUGUUGAUCGGGAGGAUGUGAGGAGGCAGCUUGGAUCGGUUGUGCUGCUUGUGAGUGGAGAGCGGAGAUAA